GGCCCGACGGCGUGCUGCGUCGUUACUUUUGAAACGAGUGGCGGGCAACUGCUGCGGGCGCCCCUGCUGCAGCUUUCCGCCGGGUGGGCGCGCGCCUCCGUCUGCGGCCUGCCAUGGCGUUGCAGCUCGCCCGGGAGCAGGGCAUCACCCUGCGCGGGAGCGCCGAAAUCGUAGCCGAGUUCUUCUCAUUUGGCAUCAACAGCAUUUUAUAUCAGCGUGGCAUAUAUCCAUCUGAAACCUUUACUCGAGUGCAGAAAUAUGGACUCACCCUGCUUGUAACUACUGAUCCCGAGCUCAUAAAAUACCUAAAUAAUGUAGUGGAUCAACUAAAAGAUUGGUUAUACAAGUGUUCAGUUCAGAAGCUGGUCGUAGUCAUCUCAAAUAUUGAAAGUGGGGAGGUCCUUGAAAGAUGGCAGUUUGAUAUUGAGUGUGACAAGACUGCAAAAGAUGACAGUACACCCAGAGAAAAGUCUCAGAAAGCUAUCCAAGAUGAAAUCCGUUCAGUGAUCAGACAGAUCACAGCUACAGUGACAUUCCUGCCACUGCUGGAAGUUUCUUGUUCAUUUGAUCUACUGAUUUAUACAGACAAAGAUUUGGUUGUACCUGAGAAAUGGGAGGAGUCAGGACCACAGUUCAUUACCAACUCUGAGGAAGUCCGGCUUCGUUCAUUUACUACUACAAUCCACAAAGUAAAUAGCAUGGUGGCCUACAAAAUUCCUGUCAAUGACUGAAUGAGGUCAGGACAAUAAUGUACUUGUAAUUCUCAAAUGUGGUUUUCCUGAAGACAAGUCAACUAUAGUUGAUAUGUUUUAUUUCAUUGGUUAAUUUCUAGAUGGGGAAAACUUGACAUACUUUACUGAGCUAUGCAUAGUUGUUCCAUUUUUUUGAUACCUGUUUGACUUUCCAUUGGGUUGGCAUUAUUUAUUGCAUGCUGUUCAGAGGGGAAGCAGGAGAUUACAUCAGCAUUGUAAUGUCAAUUCCUUUGAAACUGGUAACUGUAGAUGGAAACACUUUUGCUAUAAAGCUAAAUGCCUUCCUCAACCAGACUUUUUGGUCAAGUAACUUGACUCAGAAUAUGGGGAGGGAGAAUUUAAAAAUAAAAUACAGCAAAAGAAGUCUGAGUAUUCAGAAGCUUUGUUUAGAUCCUGAAAGUAACUGUUAUUAUCCAUAGAUAAUGAAAUAUUGCUCCUAUUAGGUCCUUUUGCCAUUUAUUUCAUUUGUAUAGUUUCCAUAUUAAAAAAAUUUCCAAUUAUUUGAUUUUAAUUUAUAUAACUUGAACCCAAGAAUUUAUGGAUAUCUCUAUUGGUUAAAUUCCUGUGAUACAGAACUCUUAAAAAUGUCUUUAUGUUUUAUAAAAUCAAGCUUUAAAUGACGGUGAAAUAAAGUUAAAUGUGUAUGUUUUAAAUUUGUCUUGAAAUAUUUUUCUAUUGAUGUGGUGUUAAUACAGUUAAAUGGUAGUUAGGGUGGGUUCUGUAUGGCAGAUGAUUUUGCAUGCCCACGCGGUUGUAGAGCCAAAGGAUGCAAAGUUAAAUCUUGGCGUACUUUCAGCUUAAUGGACAAGCUUUGAUUGUACUUCAGCGUACUUUGAUUAUACUACAUCUCAUAACAGUAGAUUUAAAAUAAGCCUCUUUGUUUGUAAAACAGUAAAUGUCAUUUGGAAUUAAUUCAGUUUAGCACCUGUUGAAUUGGAGCGCCUUUCUACACACAGCCUUACUGUCAGCCUAAUUUUCCUUAUAUACUUAAGCACUAUGUUUAUUCCUCUGCCUUCAUUCAUGUUCUCAUCAGUAAUGUUAUUUCUAGCCAGUUCCCACCUAUUUUUCUGAGGUCGGUUUAAGACAAACUUCUAAAAAGUCUUUUCUCAUCUCUAUUCUAAAUCUUAGCUCAUUUUGUAAUAGUUCAAUUUAUUAACUGCUUAGUAUCAGGCACUGUUCUAAGCUCUUUAUAUAUAUUAAUUCACUUAACGUUCACUAUUAAGUAAAUACAUAUAAUCCGUAUCCAUUCAUUCAAAAAUUACAUAUUGAGCAUCUAUUAAUGUGCAGAAUACUGUGCCAACUGCCAGAAUGAAUGGAACAAAGUCCUGGCCUUUGUUUCGUUUUUUGGAGGAUUUGUAGAAAGGAGAGGAGAAUAUAUGGUAAAGGACCAUGAAAUGUUCAAACAGGUUCAUUUCCAUAUGUAUUUGUCUUUGUUAUUUCUCCUGGAUAAUCUUAUCUCUUUGAUCCAAUUGUGUGCUUGUUAAGAAUAAAGGACAAUGUCUUUCA